GUGAACCCAGAGCCAUGGCGCGACGACCGGCGAAAUGCUAUCGCGUGAUUAAGAACAAACCGUACCCGAAGUCUCGUUACUGCCGGGGCGUGCCGGAUCCUAAGAUUCGCAUUUACGAUGCGGGGAUGAAGAAGUAUUCGUGCGACGCGUUCCCGGCGUGCGUGCACCUCGUGAGUUUCGAAAAGGAGCAAAUCGGCUCUGAGGCGAUGGAGGCGGGACGUAUCGCGGCGAACAAGUACAUGGUGACCAAGGCUGGGAAGGAAGGUUUCCACCUUCGCGUGCGCUUGCACCCGUUCCACGUGUUGCGCAUCAACAAGAUGUUGUCGUGCGCGGGUGCGGAUCGCUUGCAAACGGGUAUGCGUGGUGCGUACGGUAAGCCGCAAGGUGUCGCCGCGCGAGUGUCCAUUGGUCAAAUCAUGUUGUCGAUUCGAACCAAGGAUGUGCACGCGGACAAGGCUGUCGAGGCGUUCCGUCGUGCCAAGCACAAGUUCCCGGGCCGCCAAAAGAUUGUCAAGUCUAAGCAGUGGGGUUUCACGAAGUACUCCCGCGAUGACUACAUGAAGUGGAAGGAUCAAGGCCGCAUUGAGCCGGAUGGUGUCAACGCGAAGAUCGUCCAACACCACGGUCCGCUCGCGGCCAAGCCGGCGAGCCAACUCUUCCUCAACGCGGCUCGCAGGUACAAGGUUGCCCUUUAA